ACAGUGUCAAUACAGCUCCUCCGCAGGCCAACCACCGUGUAACGGCAGUGUAGCGUUAAAUGACACUGCAACCGGGAACGGGUAGUAUCUCAAAGCUAGCAACGCAGUUAUGAAUAGCCAGCCAUGGGCCUCCGAAUGAUCUGACAGCUCAAGUCGCCGAGUUGCCGUUCAGCUUGCAGAUGACGACCGAUAAAAUGAUGGAGAACAGGUUGAAGACAUUCUCUCCUGGUUUUGUGUGUCUGGUGUUGGUAUGAGUGAAGCAGGUGUGUUUGUGUCUUCAUUGUGUGAAUUUGCUAAUGCUGAUUGAUGUCCAGACCAUACAAUGUCAAUAAGGCAAAAGGCUGUUUAGCAAGAUCUGACUGAGAGUACCACUCCUUGUCCAAAACAGCUAAGUGUAUGUGACGCCGCGACGUCAGCCAUGUUUUGGAAGUUUGACUUGCACACGUCUUCUCAUCUGGAGGCUUUACUGGACAAGGAGGAUGUCACGCUCACUGAGCUCAUGGAUGAGGAAGAUGUGCUGCAGGAGUGCAAGGCUCAGAACAGGAGACUUCUCCUGUUCUUGUGCCAGGACCAGUGCAUGCAGGAGCUGGUAUUUAUGAUUACUACAGAGCCCCCUGCUGGUGUAGAGGAGACCAAGCGCUUCAAGUAUCCAAAUAUAGCAUGUGAGCUGUUGACGUGUGAUGUGGGAGUGAUCAAUGAUAAGCUGGGUAAUGAGGAGCCUCUGUUGGAAACUCUGUAUGCCUUCCUGGAGCAGCCGUCCCCACUUAACCCCCUCCUGGCAUCUUUCUUCAGCAAGACAAUUGGGAACCUCAUCACACGGAAGACUGAGCAGGUGAUUAGUUUCCUACGACGGAAGGAGGGAUUCCUUUCCUUGGUCCUGAAGCAUAUUGAUACGUCAGCCAUGAUGGAUGUGCUCCUACGACUUAUCAGCUGUGUGGAGCCCCCUCUUCUUCGACUUGAGACUCUGACUUGGCUAAAUGAAGAGAAGCUGGCCCAGAGACUCAUAGAGCUCAUUCACCCUGAGAGAGAUGAAGAGAGGCAGUCCAAUGCAUCUCAGACUUUGUGCGACAUCAUUCGUCUGAGCAGAGACCAGGCCAAUCAGCUCCAAGAGAUUUCACAGCCUGACCCCUUGCUGACUGUGCUUGAGUCGCAGGAGUCUGUGGAGCAGUUGUUGCAGAAUAUGUUCUCAGGAGAGAGGACUGAGAGCUGUAUCGUCAAUGGGAUUCAAGUACUUCUCACAUUGCUGGAAAUCAGGAGGCCUGUGGUGGAUGGUGUAAUGGAUGCUCAGGGAUUUGAGAGAAGUUACACUAUUAACAGCAGCAUUUUGUUGGCCAUCGAACCACACCUGACACACUUCCAUCAGCUACUUCUGGAGCCACCCAAGCGAAAUCCUAUGCUGACUACUCUGGGUGUGCUGGAGGAGCCACUGGGGAACACACGUCUGCACGUAGCCAGACUAGUCGCCUCUCUGCUGUAUACCAGCUCUGCUAGCCAUGCAGUCGUAGCACAGGAACUCUGCAGACUCAAUACAAUGGACCUGCUUCUGGACUUGUUCUUCAAGUACACAUGGAACAACUUCCUGCACCUUCAAGUGGAGCUUUGUGUUGCUGCAAUCCUCCGGCCCUGUGCCCAUGAAAUGAGACUUCAGCCUGGCUUUGGAUCCCAGGAGAAAUUCAAGCCUCAUCAGGAUGCAUCACAAGAGCAGGCUUUGAUUGAGACCCCUACAUCGGAGACUUCACUCACCCCUGACAACUCUGCACAUAACUUAAUGGUGACUCAUUUGUUCCAGCAUUGCCACCUUGUCCAGAGGAUUCUAGAGGCUUGGGAAGAAAAUGAUAAAAUACAAUCAGAAGGUGGUAUGAGAAGAGGGUACAUGGGACAUCUGACCAGGAUUGCCAACACAGUCGUCCACAACCUGGAAAAGGGCCCAGUUCACACACAGAUCAGUGGCCUCAUUACAGAGCUGCCAGAAGAAUAUAGAGGGCGCUGGGAAACCUUUGUGGACCAGACCCUGUCCGAGACCAACAAGAAGAACACCAUAGACCUGGUUGGCACAGGAAACCCACGUCCUUCCUCAGAGGAUGAUAUGGAGAGCCCCUUUCCGAAAGAACUGACAAUACAGCAGGCCUUUUCAGACUACCAGAUUCAGCAGAUGACGGCUAACUUUGUGGAUCAGUUUGGCUUCAAUGAUGAGGAGUUUACUGAUCACGACGACAGCAUUGGGGCAACGUUUGACCGGAUUGCAGAGAUAAAUAUCAACAUUGAUGGAGGCCAGGACAGUGCCAACACAGCUGUGUUUGAGGCCUGUUCCAAGGAGAGGAUUCAGCCCUUUGAUGAUGAUGAAGAGGACAUCUGGGAGGAGAAAGCGAUCAACUAUGCAACACAAACCAAGUCCCGGAACAGGUUUGGUGGGUCACAGUCCUCCCAGAGCCAAGCAGACAGUAAGGCCUGUGAUAGAACAGCAACUUCUGGCACUGAGGUCUCUGACAGAGCAGCCGACUCGGACUCAGACGAAGGAGAGGAGUCCAAAGAUGGCCUGGAUCCUUUCUCAAGCCAGGGCCAGACUGAGGCAACAAAGAGCACUGGCUGGAUAGCAGACUUUGGGGAGGUGAACUCAAAGGCACCUGCAGCAGGAGGGGGCUUUGCAGCGUGGGACACUCCAGCCUCCCAACCAGCUGCCACAGAUGCAGAGGAGAAAGGGUGGGCCAAGUUCACAGACUUCCAGCCUUUCUGUUGCUCUGAAACUGGCCCUAGAUGCAGUUCUCCAGUGGACUCGGAGCUUAGCGGAUCAGAUAACACCAAACCAAACCAGAACCCAUGUGUGUGGAGUGUGUGUGUGGCAAGAAAAGCUCCACUGGUAGCAUCAGACAGCUCUUCCUCCAGCAGCUCUGACAGCGACGAGGAAGAAGGCAAGACAGAGUCUACAUCCAGUGAGACCGUCACCACAGAGACCAUCACCACUGGUGCUGGCAAAGAGACCAUCCGGCUCACCGUGGACGCUAAAAAUGAGAGGGCAGUCUUCACCAGCGAAGCGGUUAAGGUGCCAAUAGAGGGGCUCUCUGUGAAAGACAAAGGGAAAGGCGAUGAGAAACAACAACAUGGAGACUGUCCCAACCCAACUACUGCCAGUCCAUCUAACCAGUCGACUGCUGUCACACAAGAGACGGAGCCCUCUGCUAAUGGACCGGCCUAACAAUGUGGUACAGGGACACACACACACGCUUAUCACCAGUCCAUUCACAAACAGCCAUGCCACCUUUGCUUCCUAUUAGCAGCUCUUCAAUGCCGUUUUUUGUGUCCGAAGAUCCUUAAUGUCAAACAGCCCUUAACAGUAUGUAUGUUGUAUGCCACAAAUCUACACAUGGGCUCUCUUCUGUAGCUCAUGACAUAAUUAAAUCAGAUCCGCUUAAAGGAGAAUGUAUGUUUUAAAGAACAUUUCAUUGUGCAAGACCCCCAAAGCUAAAUUGUGUCACACACGAACUAUUUCUACAUGUAACGUUUCCAUUGAACCUAGGAUAGUAAAACACAAUUGCUUGUUGUGAUGAGCAGAGGUGACACUGAGUGUCUGCGUGCCACCUGGUGCACUUUAAUCUAAAGAAAACAAACACAUCAGUCUGAAAUUUGAAUCCUUUAUUAAAUUCAGCAUCAGAAUUUCAGAUUGUUUGAGCAUGUCUGCUCUCUGGGCAUUAAGUCACAGCCCAGUGAAUUUUUCUAGCACAGCAUUUCAUGUUUACACUUUAGUAAAGAAUACUGUAUUCAAAUAAUCAGCCAAGAUUACAAAAGCCAAGAUGCUUGCAAAGCUAGCUGCCAUUUAGUCUUCAGCAUUUCAAUGUACAUGCCAGGCAGACAGUUUAUUAGUGCAAAUGCGUGAGUGACAAUAGUUUGGCUUUUUUUUCAAACAUCCAGUCCAAGUCUCAGUCCAAGUAAGAUUUCUUUGCUUUUAUCAUGUGGAACAUUAAUGCUCUCUCUUUGUUGAUUUGGAGCAUGAAGUCUCACUUUCUCCUCGAACCUCUGACAGAUUCAUGUAGUUUAGAGGUGUGUGUGUGUGUGUGUGUGUGUGUGUGUGCGUGUGUGUGUG